AUGUACAGUUUUAAUGGAGAAAACAAAUUCAACGUCUUUAAGAAAUCAUUUAUAAAGGGCUGCAAAGAGACUGCGAUGCGUUCACCUCGCAACCACCUCAUCCUAAGCAGCCAGGAAUGCUUCUUUGGCGUUCUCCUGUUGACGUCGUCUGUGCUGAGUGAGAAUGACAACAUCGACUCAAUCUAUAAAGCGAUUAAGGAUAUCACUGGACUUGACCGAAGUUAUUUCAUGAAAAUAAACGAAGACAUUAUUGCCAUGCGACAAGGAAAACAGGUUAAACCCGAUAUACACAUUCAAAAAAAACAACGUGAUUUCCUGAAAGCUCUGAAUUCACUACCGCUUGACGCCAGCACUUUCAUAGCCUCGGUUUGCUUUUCUUUAUUUUGUUUCAUUUUUCGAAUUUUUUCUCUACAUCUUUGGUCUUUCUACCGCACCUCUAUGUCCCUUUCUCGCCGUGAGAAAGAGGCAAGAGCUGAAAAACGACAUACUUGUGAGCUUCUCACGUUGGAAAAUCCGCAUCCCCUUGGAUGGAUGGGUAACUGUUCGAGAGAGAUGAAGGGAAAGCCUUCUCUGUCUAGUUGUUUGAGACACUGCACUCUGGUUUCAUCAAAUCAAUUGAACUUUUCGUAA